CAAAUGGAGUCUAAUGGAGGAUAUAAAUCGCAAAUAUAUCAAUUUUAUCAAUGUUAAUAAUGAAAAAUCUUAAUGGAAAUGAAUUCUCAAAACAUCACACUACUUCAAGAGAAUAAAUUCAUAGCUAUGUAGUAGCGUGGUGACGUACAACGCGCACCACGACAACGCUGAUAUUUGAGGCGUUGCAGCAUGUCUCAGAGAGCAAAGCGGCCAAACCGAACUGACGAUGGCGCGGCCCCGACUAAGAGACGCAAAUGUCGGCCGACGACGGAAGAAGAAGAAGCGGCCACCUUGGCUGCAACUUGGCAGCCACGUCCUCUUAACGAUCUCAAAAUAUCCAGUAUAUAUAAUCGUAGUGCCACCGAACCACCUGCAGAACUAUUCCGUAAAGAUCUUAUAAGCGCAAUGAAAUUACCAGACUCAGAACCGUUAGCAGCCGAUGAAUAUUGGGUGAUUACUGAUCAAUGGAAACAGGAAUGGGAACGAGGUGUACAAGUUCCUGUCAAUCCUGAUUCAUUACCAGAACCAUGUGUUACUGUUGCCGCACAUGGAUCAACUACUCUUAAGCCGCACAACGAAUUUAAAUUUCCGAAAAAUAAAUACAUCCGUAUAACAAAAGAUGAACAAUUUAUACCUGAAGAACAUUAUUUAUCAAAAGCGGCAUCACGUGCUGACGCAGCAUGCUCUUACGAUUUAGACGAAUGCGAUGCUGCUUGGUUGCGUUUAGUGAAUGGAGAACGAGCAUUAGCUGGAUUACCACCAAUAACUGAAGAACAAUUAGAACGUGUUAUCGAAGAAUUAGAAGUACAUUGUUGGGAUAGAAUACAAACAAUUAUUAAAAGUGAGGAGGGUCUCGGUAUUGAAUUCGAUGAAAAUGUUAUUUGCGAUGUAUGUAGAUCACCAGAUAGUGAGGAGGGUAAUGAAAUGGUUUUUUGUGAUAGUUGUAAUAUAUGCGUUCAUCAAGCAUGUUAUGGUAUUACGAAAAUACCACCAGGUCAAUGGCUUUGUCGUACGUGUGCACUUAGCCAACGGCCUGAUUGUCUAUUAUGUCCGAAUAAAGGUGGUGCCAUGAAAUGUACACGAUCUGGUCAAAAAUGGGCACACGUAUCUUGUGCAUUAUGGAUACCAGAAGUAAGUAUAGGUUGUGUCGAAAAAAUGGAACCUAUAACAAAAAUAUCAAGUAUACCUCAAAGUCGAUGGGCUCUUAUUUGUGUAUUAUGUCGUGAGCGAGUUGGUGCUUGUAUCCAAUGUUCGGUAAAGACUUGUAAAACAGCGUACCAUGUGACAUGUGCAUUUAAACAUGGAUUAGAAAUGCGUGCAAUUAUUGAAGAUGAAAAUGCGGAAGAUGGUGUGAAAUUACGUUCAUAUUGUCAAAAACAUAGUGUUUCAAGUAAAAAAGAGAAAAGUGUGUGUUCAGGGUCUGAAGAUGAUGAUUGUAAACGUAAAAAACGAAAAGAUAUGACAUCUGAAGAAAAGAAUCAAGCAAGAGCUGCUCGAUUACAUGAAAUUGAAGCAGAAUUUGAUAAACAUGUUUCACCUAAAGAUGUGGGCACUUCACCAGGUGUCGAUGCUGAAGGUAUUCAAUAUAUUUAUUGUUAUUGGAAAUUAAAACGUCGUGCGGGACAUAAUAAACCAUUAUUACCUCCUAAAUUUGAAGAUGUUGAUAUGCUUUCACACAAACAAGAACAAGCGGAUCUAGAAAAAAUGAAAACGUUUGUUCAAUUGCGUCAAGACUUGGAGCGAGUAAGGAAUCUCUGUUAUAUGGUAAGUCGACGCGAGAAAUUAUCGCGAACGUAUUUCCGUAUGCGGGAACAAACGUUUCAUAAACAAGUGGCUGUGCUCACAGACACAAACAGUGGAAUUACUGCUUCUGUUGAAGAUGCAGUUAUUGAAGCAAACCAUGGACCAUCUAUUUAUGAUCGCUUAUAUUCUCAUGUAAAAGCAGAAGAUCAUACAAACGAUUUCGAAACUAUUUUAGCUCGAAUAGCGGGUAUUAAAUCACCAUAUGAAUCAUCUGAUGAAAAAAUUAAUGGCCUUCUUAAAACAGACAAAAAGGAAAAUCCCUAUAAAAAAUUGUACUUUAAUGGUUCAUCAAAGAGACGAAGUGGAAGUGUUUACGGAAGUAGUUACUCUGGUACAAGUGGCAGUGAAGUUGAUAUAAAAAUAAAACGCUCAACGAGUACUGAAGAAGACAAAUCAGUGCUUACAUUGAGUGCCAAGAAAACUUUAACACCUAGUGCAAAUAAAAGACGUAAUAGUGUUAAAACAAAGAAACGUCGAAGAGGUAGACCUAGUCUUAAUUCUCGUGUACAUUUAGACAGUUCAAGUGAAGAAGAUAUUACUACAAAGGACAAUAAAGUGCAAUCGCGCAAUCGUACUUUAAGACAAAUGGUGAGUGAAAUUGGUGAUGGUGUAUCCGCCACUGAUAGUGACGAUAUUAUGUUAGUGAGCUCAUCAAAUAAAACCAUUGACACAAAGACAUAUAAACAAAUAUAUUCUGAUAGUGAUAGUUCUGAUAGUUCCGACAAAGAUGAUCGAAAUGAAGAUCGAUCAUCAAAUGCUGCUAGUGAUUCUCAACAACAACCAUUUAGAACGAAAGCAGCUGUUAAAGAAUUCUCACAACAAUCAAAACCAAGCAAUAUAACUAAUAAAAAGAAGACAACCACGCCGACUCCAGCAGUUACACCAUCUGUGCCUGAAAGUGCUGGUGAAAAAGAUGCUAAAGAUAAAGAAAAGGACAAGGAUAAAGAAAAAGAAAAUGUUAAGUCCACGAAGAAAAAGCCAUCUGAUUUAAUUGUUCCACAAAGACAAGCAGCUAAGAAAGCAUCUGAAAAUAUGCGAUCAACCACAACUUCAAGAACGAAAGAUCAACCAACUACUGAAACAGAAAUCACUAAACCUGAAAUUAAAUUAAAUGAAGAAGUGGUAGUAAAACCAAUAAAACCGAAACCUUCUAAUAAAACAAUUAAAAACAAAGAUACUAAAGAUACUAAAGAUAAAGAACCAAUAAAAGAACCAACAAAAUUGACAAAAGAUACCAAAGCUUCAAGUAAUGUUGAUGUAUUUGAUCUUGGUAAAGAGUUAGACAAAGAAGAAAUGCAAGAAAUCUUAGCAUAUGUACCACAAAGACAAGCUGCAAAGAAAGCUGCAGAACAUAUUAAAAGUGGUCUUGGUAAACCUGGUGCUGCUCCUACCGUUGAGGCCGAACCAGAUUCUAAACCUGAAAAAUUAAAGAAAGAUGUUAAAGAUGUUAAAGAAGUUAAAGAAGUAAAAGAAGUUGAAAUAACUAAAACAAAGAAGGAACCGGAGCCAGUAGCAAAGGCCAAACCAGAACCAGUUAAAGUAGAAAAGAAAGUUGUAGAAAAGAAAGUACAACCUCCUAGUUCAUCGUCGUCUUCCUCAUCAUGUUCUUCCACAGAUUCCACAACAAGUAGUAGUUCUGAUAGUGAGUCUGAUUCAUCUCCUAAAAGUGAUACAGGUACUAAACGACCAUCUCCGGUACCACCUAAGGGCAAUACUGCCAAAGACUGGCCCUUUCUUGACAAGGGAUCUAAGUCUGCCGCUAUAUUGCCCAGUACCGACAGUAGUAGCACCUCCGACGAGAGCGAUGGUGAAAAAUUACCACCAACGACCACUAAAAAACGAAUUAGUACCGAUUCAAAACCAGACACAAAAUCUAAAGUCGUUAAGGGAGUUAAGAAACCCGACACAACAACAGCAACAGCACCUCAACCAAAACAAAAAUCAACGCCAACAGUUCGAGAUGAUGAAUCACCCUCAAAAUUGGCUGGAAAGAAAUUCGACAGUGCGCCUGAGAAGAAGCUUAAAACUUCCGAUGGGCGGCCUGAAGUUGAAUUUCAGCCGCCAUCUAUUGAGGGAGAGGAAUCACGAAGAACAACAACUGCGAAAGCUAAACAACAGCCACCAGCAAGAACACGAAGCAAGAGGGCGAGUAACGCGAGUGAUAGGAUCGGAGAUGCUGCUAGCAGGACAAGAGAUUCUUCUUCUAGCCAACAGAGGAGUAGUGUGGACCGACAAUCUAACAGUCCCGAACGACUUAAGAAAGACCAAUCCAAACCUGAAAUUAGGAAGAGAAAAUCAAGUACAGUGGAAAAUACCGCUGUGCACAAUGAAAUUGAUAAGUCAAAGUCUACCAACACCGUUACCAUCGAGAAAACGAGCCUCAAGCCCAGUCAACUUUCUCCUACGGUCCGGAAAACGGACAAGAAGCUAAAUGAGAAAAUAAUUUCGAAGACUGAAGAUGUUGUACAAGUUAGUAGCAUUUUAGAAAAAGAAAUCAUGGAACGUAAAGCAGGUCGUGGCGGUAAUGAAAUUACAGUUGGUAAGACUGCAAAGAAUACAUUAAAUAAAUUAUUAGAAAAACGAGAUAAACAAGUAAAAGGUAACGAUAAAAUAACAAUCAAUAAUGAAAUAACAAUAACAACUGAAAAACGUGAGGAUAGACUUAGUCGAUCCACGACAAAGAAAUCUAAAUUAGAAGAUGCAAUCAAAGAUCGUGAAAAUACUUCAAGUCAACAAUUGAAAAAAUCACCAAUGAAAACAUUAAAAGAUCAAAAUGAAAUAACAACAACAAUCAAAGAAUCUGCGAUUGAAAUUGAGGAGAAAGUAACUCCAAAAUCAAAGAAUAAAAAAUUAGACGAAACUACAACGGCUACGGUUGAACCACUUUCGAAUAAAACAAAUUUCAAUACAGAUAUUUAUUUCAGUAAGGAUAAUAAUAAAAUGGAUAUUGAAAAUGAAAUUAAAGAAGAAAUUACCUUGAUUGAUAGUAAAGAUGAACCAAAACCACCAACACCAACGCCACAAGAAAUUGAGCCUAUUCCACAACCAAUUGAACAACCAGCAGAAAUAGUUAAAAUACAAGAGGACAUAAAAAUUCCACCUGAACCAGAAAUUAUUCCAAAUGAUAUUGAUAUUAAUCAAUACCCAACACGAUCAAUAUUUUCACCACAACCUUCUGUUAAAGAUAUUUCUGGUCCUAAUGAAACUAAUUUCGAAAUGAAUGAAUUCGAUAAUGAUAUAAUUACAGAUGAAACGCCAGAUGAUACCUUUGGCAUCGAGAAAGAUGAAAUACGUCAAACGUCAUUUACAUUUGGCGGUAAUGCUGAUAAUUCUUCAUUAUUUAAAGAAGAUUCUAAAGAAGAUAGUGCAAGAGAGACAUUAAAUCUUGUUGAAAAACUACGAAUGGGAUUGUCAAAGAAAUCUACUAGUAGUAAUCAAGCAGAAGAUAUGGAAUUAGAGCCCAAAAUUGAGGAAGAUCUAUCGAGUAAGAAACCAACUGAUGAAUAUAAAGAACAAAUUCCUCCAGUUCCAGUUGUUGAACCUAUUGUUGAACCAAUCGUUAUCGACGAGAAACCACAAGAUCAACAACAAACUGAAAUGUUAAUGCCAACAAAUGAUAUAUGCAGUAAUACGCCAGAACAAACUAUUGCAGAACAAUCAAUUGAAAACCUUCAUCAACAAGUGCCGAUUUUACCACCUGAUUUACCAUAUAUUAAUGAAAAUGCAUCUGGCUAUGAUUCUGGUGUAUAUUCUGGUGAACCAAUGAAAGACAUAUCAGCUGAAACACAAGCAGAAUUAGCAGCUCAAAAUACUGAUCAUUGGAUGCCAGAGACAAAUUUCCAACCUCAAGAUAUGGAGUUAGAGCCUCAACCGUUACUUCCUGACAAUGAGAAGGAUAUGCAUUCACAAUUACCAAAUUGUCCCACAAUGGAAUCAACCGAACAUCAAUUAUUGAGUCAACAGAUACCAGUGAGUGAAUGUAUGACAAUGCCACCAAUGAUAUCAAACUCACCAUAUCAAGAAAUACCAAAUCCAGCUAAAUGGAAUGAAAGUGAAAUGAUGCCAGAACGUAGAUCAUCAUCUUCUUCGAUAGCUUCAUCUUCAUCAGAAAUAUCACGUCGAAAUGAUGAAAAUGAAAUUUCAAAACGUGAAGAACAAUUAAUGCUAGCAUUGCAUCCGUCUUUAGAUAUGGCAUAUUCUAAUUUACACCAACAAUUUCCGCUUGCACCAAUUAAUGAUCAAUUAACAUAUCAUCCAUUUUCGGAAGCAUCGCCAUUUGUUAGUGGCCCUAUGGGUGGUCCUGUGUCGUUACUACCCUCGCAACAAAUCAAUACACAAAUACCGUUUCCAUCACCUGUGUUUCCACCAUCAUUUGGAACAAAUUUUCCUUCAGCUCAUGCAGUAUUACAACAAGUUCAAAAACCUCCAGAAGAAUCACAUCAUUUUCAAUCACCAUGUACAGCUGCAUUUACUUCAUCGUCACAUAAUAUUGCCUUUACUGCAGCUAUGGUGUCUAAACCUGAACCAGCUACAGCCAUGGAAGAUGAUCCACCAUUAUCAUCUCCAGUUCAGCCAUCACCUUCACCAAUAUUAAAUAAUAUUAAUGAAAUGAAUCAUAGAUCACCUAGUCCAAUUACAACGCCCUUACCUAAAACAACUCCAACUAAUACAGCUGGUAAAAAAUCACCAACAAAACCAACACGAAGUUCUGCAAGAGUUGUUAGCCAGCAAGGUAAAUCACCCGGUAAAAGUCCUGGUAAAUCUCCACGACAAAUGGAGGUACAAGCUAAAACAACAACACAGAAUAGAAAACGUGAUAAUAAUCGUGGUAAUCGAAAUGCAACGACAGCUAGAGGACGAGGGCGGGGCAGAGGGCGUGGCCGAGGCGGUCAUCAACUUACUAGCCAUAUAGAUUCCGAAUAUAAUACAAUACAUAAUAAAUUGAUUGGUACCGUUUAUGACUUAGAUUUUGAUGAGGAUAUAGCUGGUGAAAGUGUUGAAAACUUACGAACUAUGCGUGAACGUAGACGUUCAACUGAUUUACAUGAUAGAAAGGAAGGUAAUUCGUAUCUAGCUAGAGAUUCUUCAAUAUCACCUAGAUUUUCGAGUCCGACUCAGAAUAGUAAAACACGUUCAUCUUAUGUUAAUGACUUAAGAGAUCUUCGACCACCAACUCCAGUUACUGACCUACCGUCGCUUAGUUCUGUUUCAUCUCAACCACAAUCAUUCCCAGAUAUGGUUCAACCCGUUUUACCAGGACCAGUUGAUAUGCGUACAUAUAGUGGAGCAUACGAACCUUCUUCUGCAAGUUCAGAAACAUUAAGUAAUCAACAAUUAUUGGGUGCUUUUGCUAGUGGCACAGCAGAUCAUCCAAUAUCAGAAAAUAUAGAUGAAGAUCUCGAAAAAGAAUUACACACUGCGUUAGCGGCAAGUACUGUACGACCAGACCCACCAAUAAGUAUUAGUAACAGUGAAACUCCGACAUUAAAAGCUACAUUAUCGGAAUCUAGAAAUCAAUUAAAGGUGAAAAUCAAAGGACCAUUUUUGGAUGCAAAUUAUGCAUCAACCGUUGCUCCACCACAACAAUCUAUCGUUGAACCGAUUGUUGUUACUAGUAAUAACUUUGCAAACAACGCAAAUCUAUCUGUGGGCGCUUCUGUGUCGUCUUCCGGCACAUCGAAUUUACGUCGAAUGCGUAAAAAAGAAUUAUUACGUCAAUAUCAAACACAAGAUAUGAAUAUGGAUGAACCAAUUACAGGUAUUACAGGUGGACAAUCAAUAGUUCCUGCUACAGCUCCACUUGUAAAUAGGACUGUGAUUACUAUACCAAAAGCUGUCGCCUCCAUGACGAGUAUUCCUACAAAAGAGGAUUAUAAGGCUGUUGUAGAUGCUAAUAUGGAGAAGAAGAAGAGAAAAGAAAAAGGAAAUAUGAGUAGCACAGCUCAUGAUUUUAGACACUUAGACAUUUUACCAGAUGACGAUCUUGAUAUGCCUGAAAGAAGGAGAAGCAUUGGUUCAAAUGGUAGCAACGCCUCUGGAAGCGGUGGUAUUAAUAUUGAUGUUUAUAAUAAACGCCGGGGUGGUAGAAAUACUGUACGGCCUCCACCAACGCCACAACCUACAGCACCAAAACUGAAAAUCAAAAUUGGUUCAGAUGGUGUUGCAACCAGUAUGGAUGAUAAACGAUGCAGGACACGGCCACCUAAAAAACGGUUAGCAGCAAAUAAUCAAGUAAUAUUUGAAACAAUCAAACGUGAUAGUAUGGACUACAGACGGAAAGUUAUGGAAAGUUUUGAUGAACAGAAAGAAAGAAAGAGUAGCAAAUCAUCAAAAAGUGGUAAAAAGAAGAGGAAAAAGAAGAAAGAACCUCAAGUAGAAAUAAUAAAUAAUGACAAUGGUAAUACUCCAAAAUUAAUAAUACGUUUCGGUGGUAAAAAGAAGGACGAUAAUUGUAGUAAUAAUAGUAGUGUUGAAAAAAGUACAUUUAUAGUGACGGGAGCGGUAAAUCCAGCACCUCGGACCGAACAAGCGUCAGAUAGUAGAACGGCUGCACCGCCUUCUUCAUCUGACCGUCUACCCUCCUUACAAGACAAUACUAGUGGUAGUGUUUCAGCUCUCCGUAAAGUGCGUGCUGCAAAAGUGACUCCCAUUAGAUUAAAAAUAGCUCGCUGUCAUAAGGGUACAGGGUAUGUGAUGAAAACAGCAAAUACAGAUACAGCGCUGUUGGACUCAUCAAGGACAUCACCGGUUAUGGAUGAUCAGGACGAGGAAGCGGAAGUUCCUCUUCCUUUACCUCUUGAUCCUCUAGCACCUGAUCCACUCGCUUUACCAGAGUUAGAUAAAGAAUUGACAUUAACAAAUAGUGCUGUCAGUGGUGAUACUGUAGAUUUAGGUAAUAAUGCACCACCGGCAGUUGUCCUUGAGCCGACACAUGACACAAGUCACACGCCUUUACCCCUCAAUAAAGAUUGCGAGGUUAGGUGAUAAUGUGUAUCAUAAUAAUUUCUCUGUAUUAUAUUUAGGUUUACAAUUAUAUACAUAUUAUAUAUAUAUAUAUAAAAAUGAUUAAAGACGUUAGUUCGUAUGUAAUCACAAGGUGAUGUUCCGUGAACGGGGACUUGUACCAAGUACACACUAGAAAAGUAUUGAAGUAUUCAGUGUUUUCACUUUGUUUUAGAUCACGUUGUUAAAUGCUGUCAUAGUGAAUGUUUU